CUUUCUCAAUAAUAAUACAUUUCUUCUUCUUUUUCUUUUAUGUUUCAUCAACUAAAGAACCUAUUUCGCAGCAACAAUCACAAUAAGCUCACAAGCAAUCCGGAACAACGUAAAGCACAUACAAAGCAAACUGCUGAGCGUAUUGUUCAAGAAGAAAACAUUGCAAAAUCAAAAUUACCUAAUUAUGAAGGGCUGUCUCAAUACCAGCUAUUAAAGAAAUUGGGCGAGGGUGCCUUUUCUAAUGUCUAUAAAGCCAUGGACAAAAAAUCUGGUCAGCACGUCGCUAUAAAAAUAGUUAGAAAGUUCGAAUUGAAUCAAAUUCAGAAAGCAAGUGUGCUAAAAGAGGUACAAAUUAUGCGCACUUUGAACCAUCCGUCCAUUAUUAAAAUGCUUGCAUUUAUCGAAACAAGCGAUUAUUACUUUUUAGUGCUUGAAUUAAUGAAUGGUGGUGAAAUCUUUCAUCAGAUUGUACAGCUUACUUAUUUCAGUGAAGACCUUGCUCGUCAUUGCAUUCGACAAGUAGCUGAAGGUAUACGAUACUUGCAUGAAGAACGUGGCGUUGUGCACCGAGAUAUUAAGCCAGAAAAUAUUUUAUUUGAAUCAAUUCCUUUCAUGGAACGAAAGACAAGUCCUUUACCAACCCAGCCUGAGAAUGAAGAUGAGCCAAAAGAAGAUGAAGGCGAAUUUGUCUAUGGUCUAGGUGGUGGUGGUAUUGGUAAAGUCAAGAUUGCUGAUUUUGGUCUUUCUAAGGUAGUCUGGGAUAAACAUACCAUGACGCCUUGUGGCACUGUAGGUUACACUGCGCCUGAAAUCGUUAGAGAUGAAAGGUAUUCAAAAUCUGUAGACAUGUGGGCACUAGGGUGUGUGCUUUACACUAUGUUGUGCGGAUUUCCCCCGUUCUAUGACGAAAGUAUUGCCACACUUACCCAAAAAGUAGCUAAAGGUCAAUAUGUGUUCUUAAGUCCUUGGUGGGAUCAUAUCUCAGUGGAUGCUAAGCAUUUAGUACGCCAUUUGUUAGAUGUAAAUCCAAAAAAAAGAUAUACGAUUGAUCAGUUUUUGUCGCAUCCUUGGAUGCUUCGACAGGAUACUCCUAUGUCUUCUGCUCCUGUGUCUCAGAUCAUUUCAUCAACAACACAAGAACAAAAAGAAAAGAGAAUUGAUUCACCGGAUCUAUUAGUUCCCGCAUCUACCACUACAUCCGUUGCAGCUGAAACUGUGUCAAUGGUGCCUUCAUCGCCACAGAGUAUUCCGCGCUCCAGCAAAAGAAAAGAUGCGUUUUUAUCUGGCAUUGCUUCUAUGAAAGAAGCAUUUGAUGUAUCCUAUGCAGUACACCGCAUGGGAGAAGAACGAGCUAAACGUAAAGAAAACAAGAAGUUAAAUUUGCACGAACAACAAAUGCGAUUUCAAAUGCUAAAUGGACCUUCUUUAUCAGAUAGUGAAGAAGAAGACUUAUCCAAAGACGAUAUUAGCUCUGAUUCUACUGCGUCAUCUUCUUCAAAUGAUGAUGAAAAACAUCACGAGCGUCAGAUUGAGUCACUUAGUAAGGCACUGAAUGAUACUCAUGUUGAAGACAAAAGAAAGAGUACACUUAUUCGGAAACUAGCAGGAGGACUAAAGGCUGAUCAACCGCCAACACAAAAGAAACGUUUAUUUGAUAGUCCACAUGUGGUAAAUCAAAAGCCAAAAUCCGGCUUUGAACUAAACAUUAAUAAUGCUACAUUGCUUGGUAGAAGAAAAAAUGUGCCGCUUGUACAUGACGAAUAAUAAAUAUUUGUUACAAUAACUUCAGGUGAUUAUUUACUAACUCAAACCUUAUUUUUAUUGGUUCUCAAUAAGCUACGUAAGCCAGCA